GAUUUGUGCAACACUCAUGUCAAUGACGUCAAACGUUGAGGUGACCGCAAGGAAGCAUCGAAGUGCAUGUGCGAGCUGCUUGCUGGAUGAGAUCGGCGUACAAGAGGAGGAUCUUUCACAAGGAGGCCGAAGGACUCUUGGAAUCUUGGCCCAAGUCGCUUGUGUCCUCAACGUAGACCAAGUGCACAUGAGUGAGUACUUGGCGGUCAUGGAUGCAUUAAGCGAGCGACACAGUAAUGCAACAGACGCCGUCUGCACACUCGAAGAUGAGAUGAAAAGGAUCACAAUGCGGAAUGACCGUACACGACAAGAAAUGGCGCAUCUAGCUCACAUGCACGAAUCCAUGCGAUUGAUGGCCGAGGAGCGCGAAAUAUCAGAGAAUUCCGGCAUGUUCAAGCAUUGGGCGCGCGAUAAUGGUGAGAAGGAGCGCCGCUACACACAGGAAAUUCAACAUUGCCAUGCAGAGCUUCAAGCUCGCAGGUUUCCCUUGGAUGAAUCGUUGGAACACCAUUCGCUGGUGGCGCUGGCAGAGCAGUGUGCCGCCUUAGACGAGCAGAACUACGAACUGGCGACGCAACUCGCCUUGUACAGCUCCCUUCCGUCGACGAUUCCUGACGCUCAAAGGAUGUUGGACUCCAUGGAAGCGGACUUGAUGCACCUCGAGGCACCGAUGUCGUCUGCCGGUAAUCAAGAAUUGACACUUUGAACUCAGGUUUCAAAUAGUGUAUUUUAAAUACACGCGAGUGAUUUUUAAUAUACUCAAACAAAUCGC